GGCUUUUUCCAUGCACUUCCCCUCCUCCGUCUUGCCUCGCCGCUCCCCGCCGCCUCUCCGGUGGGCCUUUUCCCCUUCUUGAUCUAUCCGUGCUCCCGCUUCCCUGCUUGCCGUUUGUUCUUGGCGUCGAGAAAAAAAAAGUCGCCCUCCUCACGCUGGGCAUGGAGUCCUCCCUGGACCAUGCGUGCAACUUCUCCAGCCGGCUCUUCUUGGAUCAGCUGCGUUAUGAGUAUGGAAGCAACCUCCUGCCGCCUGCCCUGUCCGGGCAAGCGCCCUUCUUGGGCAGCCCGCAGCCCAGCUGCUCUUUCCAUGGUGUCCACUUGCCGGAUCUAUACUCCUUCGCCCUGUGGGACUCACUGAGCGGCGGGUCGGCCUCGGUAACUUCGCCUCUGCCCGCGGCCAUGGCCGUUGGCAUGCUCCCCGUGCCGGACCAUGUGUCCUUGGAUCAUAUCAUGCUCCUUGGUGCUCUGCGGCUACAGGCCUCCGGCCAGCCGGUGCUGGCCACGCGGGCCGGGGCCGAAGUGGCCGGCGUGGCUGGCGACGUGGAGAUCCUUUCGCCCGUGGGCGCUGGCCAACCACCGCACACGGUGCGGCCAGAUGGCCGGCCCGCCCAGGCGGCCUUCGGUUCCGGCUCCACCGGGGACAGCACCGGAUCGCGUCUUGGCGGCCAAGGGUCCUCCUCGGCGGCCACCGUGGUGCCGGUUCGCGAGCCCGGCGUCCCGCUUGUGGGCCCGGCCACGGCGCAGGCUCUCGGGCAGUGGCAUUUUCCCGACCGAUACCCCGGCCCGGCGGCGGACUUCCCAUACUCGGACUUUGUGUUGGCCAGCGGCCGGCGCUCGUCGCGCUCAGCGGCCGAGGCCGCGGCCGCCAGGCAGCGCUCGGCGGCCGCCAGGCAGCGCUCGGCGGCCGCCACCGGGGCCGAUGCCACCGAUGGCACGGGCGCCCCGGCGGCGGCCGAUGUCGACGAUCCGGAGGAGGCGCCCCGCCCGCCGGAGCCCGAGCACCGGCCUGGGGGAGUGCAGCCGGACGCGCGGGCCGCCUGGGACGGCCGGGUCUCCAACCGGCCACCUAUACGGCCGGCGGGGAGGCCGGCCCGGCCCAGCAGCCCCCCACCCGGGAGCCUGCCUCGUCUGGCCGCUGGUCCGGCUCGUCGAACUCCGGCACCGAGCAUGAGCUGCCCGUCCUGCCGGUCGACGAAGAGGAGGACGACCUUUCAUGGGCCAGCACCUCGAUGAUGUUGAGCGACUUGGACCGGGUGGCGCGCCUGGCCGCAGCGACGCCAGCACCUGCGCGGCCGGGUGGGCUUCUCCCGCCGCUGUCCCCCGGUGGCCAUGGGCUGACCCCUUCGGAGGCGGCCGGCGGCGUGGUUUCCCGGCCCGGGCCUCUGGAGCCAUACACCCCCCCCUCCGGGGGGAGUGGCUCGCACGAAGCCGACGAUGUGUCCUCGCACCAGCUGAACCGGCUGCUGGAGGACCUGGGCACGGCGCUCAAUGCCAUGGGUUCGCCGUCGGACGCGGCGGCCAUCGGACGCGACAUGGCCCGAGUUGGCUUCUCGCGGUCGGUCAUGGAGCCCUCGUCGCUGUUGGACUCCUCGGUGCCUGGCCCCGCCGGCAGCCGGGGUGGUGGUUUCGGUGCCGGCGUCGGCGUCGGCCCCGGCAGCGGCAGCGAGGGCGACGCCUUCCCAGCCCGGGUGUGGGAGAACCCCCUCGGGGAAACCUAUUUGCAGUUUGGCGUCCCGCGCGAGCUGCCGGCCGAGGCUGGCCAUGCUGACGCCAGCCUGUCGGCGGCCAGCAGUGUCGACACGCGAGUCAUCGAGCAGCUGUCGGCCGCCGUGCAGCACCUUCGCCCGACGGACUUCGAUUCCGGGCAAAUCCACCGAAUCCUGGAUGACACGACGUUCUUGUCGACCCCCGGGUCCUCGGCCACGCCGCCCUCCUCGCGGUCUGCCCGGACCAGCGCGUCCCGCUCGGCAUACCGGGGGUCUGCCGCGCAGCUGGCCAGCAGCACCUCGCAGGCCGAGGUGUCUUUUGCUUCGGAGGAGUUACCUCCGGCGCCGGUGCCGGCACCGGUUCCCGCGGCAGCUCCGGUUGCCUUCCCGACCCCGGUUCCCGUGCCGGCAGCUGUUCCGGCUUUGGCGCCGGUGUCGGCAGCACCAACUCCCGCGGUGGCGGUCCCCGCGCCAGCAAAGACGCCUCGUCCUCCGAGUGGCGGCGCCCUGCCCGUCGGCUUCCCCCCGGUCGGGCCGAUGCCUGCGGUCCCGGUGCACCAUCACCAUCAUGCGUAUCUGCAGCAGCAGCCCUUCCCCGGCGGAACACCCAUGCCUGGGCUGCUCCGGUCUGUCGACUCGUCUGGCAAUCUCUCCUCCUCCUCCUCCUCCUC